ACUGAUUUAUAUAAUGGCAUCAAGCAGAAGUAGUGGUCUUCCUCCACACAGUGAUGUGAAGGGGGAGAAGGCUACGAAGGGAGAAGAACGAGAGGACUCCACACGUCUAUCUGCUCCUAUCUGCUCGUGUUCAUAAAUAUGUUCCCCAUCAACAAACCACAGGAGAGCUCCAGAGAGCAGUCCUUAAGCCUGGAUGCCAAAGAGUGACGGGUCUGUGGCGGGCUGCUGCUGCGCUGCUACAGAAGCUGCUCAGGAACAGAGACAGCCGAGAGGGGUCUGACUCGCUUGGUGCCCAGGAGCCUCGCUGGAAUGAGGAGAGAGUGAAGAGUCGGGGUGGGCACGGCUCAUCAAGAGUGCAAAGCUCGAAAUCUAGGGCUCAAAGGGAAAGAAAAGGUGAGCUUGAGUCAAGACCAAGCCAAGUGGACCUAGAGGAAAUGUCAUCUUUGGUAAAGGAGGACUUGCAGAAGAAACUGUUUAAGCCUCUCUCUCAGAAUCUGUACGAGUUUAUUGAAAUAGAGUUCUCCGUCCAGGACAGGUAUUACCUCUGCGUGUCAGUGACCAAAAGUAAAGAAGUAAAAAUAAACAUAGUGAAACACUACCGAGUAGGUCUAGAUGAAAAAUACGAAGUAACAAAAAAGUGGUCUUUGAAUGAUCUGCAGAAGAUCGAUGGAAAAGAAGCAGAAACUGACAAUCCAUUUUUUGAUCUGCAUUUCAAGAAAGUGUACCGUUUGGAAGCUUAUAGUUGUGCUUCUAAAUAUGCCUUUGCUCGAACUGUAAAUAAACUGAAUCAUGCAUAUCUUAAGAAGGACCUGCAGAUUGUGAACUUUGAUUCUACUUACAUUAAUGAUGAUUCCAUUUGGUCCUCCAACAACAAAGACUGCUUGGUUCUUAUGAGAAUAUGUUUCUAUGCUUUCAAUCUUGUGUGCUUGUCCCUGUGUCCCCUGCCACUUUGAAGAGAUAUACUAUGUUCCUUCACUGGUGUGCUAUAAAAUAGACACCUAAGUAAAUACUGA